UGGGUGGUUGGACCAUCGGUGCCAACUGGACGGUACCGAGCACCUUAAUUCAUCGCUAAUUAUUUCCCUCUUCUUUAAGCGGGGACACAGGAAAGAAAGAACGGAAAAAAAGAGAGGAAAAAAAAAAAAAGAAGCAAACGAAGUACGUCUUCUUCCUCGAUCUCUCGGCGGAAUUAGGGUUAGGGUUUCUAUCUCCACGUUCAAAUACGUUUCUAUCUCACGCCAAACCCUUCUUUUUCUCCCAGUUUUCUGGCAGGAAAUCCUUUCUCCGAUGGGAAACACCUCCUCCAUGCUCACCCAGUACGACAUCGAAGAGGUCCAGGAGCACUGCAACCAUGCCUUUUCGCAGCAAGAGAUCGUCUCCCUGUACCAGAGGUUCUGCCAGCUUGAUCGCAACGGUGGGGGAUUUAUCUCUGCCGACGAGUUCUUGUCUGUGCCAGAGUUUGCAGUCAACCCUCUCUCUCAGAGGCUAUUGAGGAUGCUGGACGGUUUGAAUUUUAAGGAAUUUGUUGCAUUUUUGUCUGCGUUCAGUUCUCGCACGACUCUGCAACAGAAGAUCGAAUUUAUAUUCAGGGUCUAUGAUUUGGACGGCAACGGGAAGGUUUCAUGCAAUGAUGUACUGAGUGUUUUGCGGGAUUUGACGGGGUCUUUUAUGAGUGAGCAGCAGAGACAGAAAGUUUCGAACCAUGUCCUAGAAGAAGCUGGGUACACGAAGGAUUCCUCACUGGUUCUAUCAGACUUCAUAAAGAUUCUUGGCAACUCUGAUUUGAAAAUGGAGGUUGAAGUUCCUGUUGAUUAGCAAGUUUUACUGGGUUGCAAUUCUUUUAUUCAAUUAUCACCUAAUUUUAAUGUAUAAUCAAGUGAGCAUGUUUUCAAUUAUGGAGUAUCUUUUUUAUGACAUUAAUUGGUGCUCUCUGAACUGAGUUGUUGAUUCCAUUAUAAACUUUCUGGGACCAUUUUAUUACCUGAACAUCAUUCAUGUACUUUCCCUGUUUUGCUUUGUUGUAGAAUUUAGACAAUGCAGUGCACCAAUGUACAAUAACUGCUGUAAUUUAUGUUUCUUUCAUGGAGAACAGCAAUAGUUCAACGAAUCUGGUUGGAUUUAGGAGAAGUAAUUGAUGUCUGCUUGUAGUUCCAUAACUCUUUCUGGUGAACUAUAUUUCGGAAGAAAUUAUGUGCCUCAGGAGAACAUGGACUCACUGUAAACAAUCUGUGAAGCAUAUUAUACAAUAGAAUGCCUGAUGGGAUGAGAUACUCA